AUGCGAGCCAACGUCGUUCUACUCUCAACCCUCUUUUCGCAAGCCUUUGCGGCGAAAAUUAGCGUCGGCCAACAACAGCAAUCCGGAGGCCAGAACUACCAUAUCGCUUGGUGGGAGGGCGACACACCUUGCGAUGGAGGAGGUCAUUUCCUCGGCAGCGUUGACCAAAGUCUAUGCUCUUUCAACUUCCAGCUUCAGAACCAGGGUUCAAUCUGUGAGAAUUAA